GACGAAUGGCGCCCGGGCUGGGGUGGUCCGGAUAUCAUAAUACGUGUUGUGCGGCGCGGAAUGAAGCAUCGUUCAUUAAAUGAUGUAUGGCAUGGUUGUCUACGAUCCCGUAGGCGGUGUAUCUGUACACGGGGUUGGCUCGAACGGCGGGGCACACACAAUAACUGCGCGGACGAGGAAGCGUGCCAACCGUGUGAUGUGGAACAUGUCGGUGGAAGAGGUACACGAACAGGAUUCGCCCUCGAUGGAAGAUGAAUCCUGCCGCCCCCAGCGAUCGUCCUACUCUAAAAAACCAUACCUUCUGAGAUCGCGCCACACAGGAUUCUGCUAGUUUCUUAUUUUAGGAAAAAAUGUUGUUUCUCCAGCUUGCAAAGCUUGCUGGCGCAACCGGAUGGCUGCGCUGGUGAAGUGGAGGCCAUCGUUGGAUGCUCUUCGAAACCAAGCUGUGUUGCGGCGGCUGUACGCGCGGACGACAGCAGCAGCAAUGGAAUUCGGUGGCGGGGCCAAACGGCGAGGACGGAGACAUGCGUCCGUCGCCGGCGCACGCGAGGUGGGCGGGCGCGCCGUCGUCUCUGGAUGGAAAAGGAGGCACCGAGUAGGCAAGGCGCCACCCGAAAGGGCACUCAACUCAUCCCGCGUCACAGCGCUGGAGAGGACGCUUCACGAGUUCCCGGCCAGAUCUAACGGCGAGGUCAUUUUGCCAGAGGUCGGGGUAUCGUUCGAUUCUAUCGGAGAGGCUUACGACUUCUACAAUCUCUACUCGUGGGAACGGGGGUUUCGGGUGAGGUACGGCAAAAGCAGGCUCAAUGUCGAUCGAGUUAAAGUGCAUGCAGGAGAUAGUAUGCGGUUAUUCGGUGAGUUUCCUCCCCUGCGGAGCCCUUGAUUGUUUUCCUAUCCCAUCCAUGCUUCGUAUCUUUCGGCAAUCAUUUUUUAGCAGGAUCUAAUAUAUUUUCCGGCACCCUGGUCCGUCGAUUUUUUUAAGAUUAUCGGUUGUCUCUAUGUAUGCAGGGGCGUCCGCGGGCCACGAAUUCUCACUCCACCCGAUGCCUUUGCCCGGCACUAGUCCGUUUGCUGCGAACGAAGGAUAACGGGUGGUAUAUAUGCGAGCAUAGAGAUGUCCAGGGUCAUGAAUUGUCUGCUUCCUUCGGCGAGCGGGCGCAUUGGCCAUCGCACAGGCACAUUGAUAGCUACACUAAGGAUUUGGUCAAGCAACUGCGGGAGAAUAAUGUAAAUCUUGGAAAGGUUUACAAUAUCAUUGGAAGCUUCUUUGGAAAAAUGGAAAAUAUACCCUUCAUAAAAAGGGCACUGAAAACUUUAUGUGGCAAGAUCAGCAGCGAGCAAGCAGAUGAUGAUGUGAGGAAGACAAUUGAGGUUUUCUCUGAGAUGGGGGCUGCCGACCCCGAAUUCACGUACAACGUGCAAGUGGAUGAUGACAGUAGGAUCAUGAACCUACUCUGGACGACCGGAAAGGGGAUGGCACAGUACCAUUAUUUCGGUGAUGCAAUCACAUUUGAUACCACCUAGAGGACAAAUGUG